AUGAUGAGAAGAUCCACCGAGGCCAAACCGCGCAAGGUGACGCCGCCGGCACCGACCUACAUGUCAAAUGAUCAGUUUGCCAACUACCUCUCGGAUUUGCGCUCCAAUCGCACCACUCGCCCAGGCGGCGCCCGCCCGUUGCCGUCAGUAGGUGGUCGCUCGACCCCAACUUCUCGUGCGAGCCUCAGUCGGUACAGCACAGAUGUACUGCCACAGCCCGAAAGUCACAAAAUCCAACCGCAAGUGUCUUCAAAGGCCCAAAGCGUCGGUGCUGGAAGCGCCUCGUCCCGCUUCUCCGUAGUCAGCGCCCGUGGACGGGACUAUUAUCCCAACACGCCGUCCACGCCUCUUAAACCAUCAGAAGUGGUCCCUACCGCAACGUAUAUCGAGCGUGGUCAGAGAUGGAUGGAAAAAGAAGAGGCUUGUUCUCUGCGUGACGCUAUGGACGACAUGGACAUUCGGGGCUCCAACGAGCAUGCUUCCGGAGAGGAGGAGUCUAGAAUCUACAACGCUGCGCUCGAUGAGGCUGCAGAGUUGGUCUGGCAACACCAAAACGGUUACAAACCACCACAGCCAGGCGGGCCGUAUCGCUACCGACCUCACCUUAGAAAGAAUAGUUACGCGCACGCCCGUACUGCAAGCAGUGGCAAAUAUGGUGAUGGCAUUGCUCCUAGCGGACUACGUCGCGAUCCUGCAUCCCGAUCCGUGUCUGGCAGCUCCACAGACAGCUCUGGGUCGCUGCCCGGCAAUCGAGAAUCUUGUGAAACUGCAAGGAUCACCACGCGGCCCAGCAGGAAGUCCAAGCCUUACGGUAAUGUCGGAAACGCGCCUCAUCAUCGGCUUCACAGCAGUUUAAGGAGGAACAUCAGCGGGGAGACGCAACGUCCAUUCUCUGCUGACCAGAUCUGGGAGGAGCCCGAAGCCGCGGCAAGCAUCGAGUCUUUGCCCGGAGGCAGGGCCUCCCCAGACAAACUGAGCAGCAAGCCUCAAAAUCCGCUUAACCAAAGUCCCGCUCUACCAAUCGACUGCAAUAAUGGCUUGCCUGGAAAGCCUUUGAAUCGCUUCGAGAUUCAUCACAAUCCGCCCUCGCAGUCUCGCAACCCACACUAUACGACCAAUAGCCAGCACCCAAGCGUGAGGCAAGAAGCUGAGCUGGAGCGCAAAAACGGCAUCGAGAUUCGCAGUGACGACAUCAGAGCUGCGACAAGUCGAAAACUAAAAGACAGAAGCUGCAAGCUGCCGGAACCAACCGCCGUCAGCGACCGCCCCGGACGGCCGAUUGUAAGCUUUGACACGAACUGGAAAGCACCGGAGGAGACCACUGAUAGCAGCCCAGAUCGGCCUUCCAAAACGACGUCGUUCAAAACCCAAGAGCAGUCGCGGCACCAACCGCCCGAGCCUGUGGCUGUCCCUUGUAUCAAUGUUACGGAGGUCGACCCGCCACGGGCUCGAUCGACGCCAUCUGCGAGUGUUCCCUCCAUCUCAGUAGCUGGAUCGGAUGAUGCCCCGAGCGACAAAAACAUCCCCACGGUCAGCAUGCCCACAAUCAGUUUAAACAAGGGCGCAGCAGCACCAGCAAAGGAUACGUCGGCCGUUUCAGCAUCAGGUGCCAAGCCGACGGGCAGUUCGCGGCCUCUACCUAGUCCGGCAUCCUCGACGAAUCAGCAAGGUGGAGUUCAAACGUCGCGGAGGCAGCACUGGUCUCCAGCUGCCGGCAGCUUGGGCAGGCCAACAGCGACAUGUCACGAGUGUGGUUUCCCCAUCGAAGGCAGGUUCGUCGCCUUGAGAGGCACCCAGGAGCGUUUCCACCCUCAAUGCUUCAGUUGCUUUUCCUGCGGAACGAGUUUGGAAGCCAUGGAAAUCAGCCCUGAACCGGACCUGAUGCGUACAGCUCGACUCGAGCGAAUCCGGCGCCGAGCCGCAGGGGAGAUGCUGGAGGAUUUGCCAGGCAUGACCAUGGAGGAGGACGGAGAUGAGCGACUGCGCUUCUAUUGCCAUUUGGACUGGCACGAGCUUUUUGCUCCACGCUGCAAGCAUUGCAAGACGCCCAUCAUUGGCGAGCACAUUGUCGCACUCGGGGAACACUGGCACUACGGGCACUUUUUCUGCGCAGAGUGCGGCGAUCCCUUUGAGCACGGCACGACUCACAUUGAGAAGGACGGCUAUGCUUGGUGCAUCAAGUGCCAAACAAGGCGAACGGAGCGAAGAGCACCGAAAUGCAAAAUGUGCAAAAUCGCCGUCAUUGGGCAAUACAUCCGAGCCUUGGGCGGCGAGUGGCACGAACACUGUUUUCGCUGCGCCGAAUGCGAAGGAGGCUUUGUUGACGGCCAGAUCUUUACCAAGGAGGUGAAGGGUGUGAUGGUGGUGCUCUGUACAGAUUGUCGCACACGAGAUCUCAAAGCAUGA